AUUUGUUGUCUGCAAUUGUAAAUGACAAUUUGUCAAAAAAGGCUUUGCGGAAAGCGGCGAAGUUUUUUUACAAUUAAAAAUCAAGAAUAGCAUAGAGAUCUUAAGCUGAAUUGUUUCAGUUUUUCUAAUUAACUAUAAAAUAAUAUAAAGAUGCUUAUCAAAGUCAAGACUUUAACAGGGAAAGAAAUUGAAAUAGACAUAGAACCAACAGACAAAGUCGAAAGAAUUAAAGAACGAGUCGAGGAGAAAGAGGGAAUUCCACCACAGCAGCAGCGUUUAAUUUUCUCCGGCAAACAAAUGAAUGAUGAAAAGACAGCACAAGAUUAUAAAGUCCAAGGUGGUUCCGUGCUGCAUUUGGUGUUGGCUUUGCGAGGAGGCGAGUGAUGUGGUUCUGUCAUCUCAUAUUUAUAUUGCUUAAUUUUAAUUUUUCAUUUAUUGUAAAAAGUAAACAUGAUUACUGUAUUUAAAUAA